AUGAGUACUAUAGGCAAGGUUAUCAAGUGCAAAGCAGCCAUCCUCUGGGAACCUGGUGCACCACUUUCCAUUGAGGAGGUAGAAGUGGCUCCACCAAGGGCACAGGAAGUGCGAAUCAAGAUUGUGGCCACAGGGCUCUGUGGCACGGAAAUGAAAAUGUUGAAGAACCUUCGCAUUUAUCCCAUUAUCCUGGGCCAUGAAGGGGCUGGAAUAGUUGAGAGUGUGGGAGAAGGAGUGAGCUCCGUGAAAACAGGUGACAAAGUCAUCACGCUCUUUCUACCACAGUGUGGAGAAUGUACCUCUUGCCUAAAUCCUGGAGGUAAUGUUUGCAUAAAAUUUAAAGAGUCACAGAGUGGGCUGAUGUCUGACGGCACCACUAGGUUUACCUGCAAGGGAAAAUCAGUGUAUCACUUGACUAACACGAGCACCUUCACUGAAUAUACCGUGACUAAAGAAAUUGCAGUUGCCAAGAUUGAUGCAGGUGCACCUCUUGAGAAAGUAUGCCUAAUUAGCUGUGGCUUUUCCACAGGCUAUGGUGCGGCAAUCAAUACUGCCCAGGUCACGGCUGGUUCUACCUGCGCUGUGUUUGGCCUUGGGGGAGUCGGCCUGUCUGUGAUCAUGGGCUGUAAGGCAGCAGGAGCAGCCAGGAUCAUCGCAGUGGACAUCAACAAAGACAAGUUUGAGAAGGCAAAACAAAUGGGGGCCACUGGGUGCAUCAGCCCAGAAGACUUUGAGAAGCCCAUCCAAGAAGUUUUAAUUGAGAUGACCGAUGCUGGUGCCGAUUUUAGCUUUGAGGUCAUUGGAAAUCCGGAGACUGUGGUGGCCGCCCUGACAUCCUGCCAUGAAAGCCACGGGGUCUGUGUGAUUGUGGGAUGGAUGACUGUUGGUGUCCAACUCAACAUCAGUGGCGGGUUGUUCUUCUCAGGGCGUUCACUGAAGGGAACUGUUUUUGGAGGCUGGAAGAGCAGAGAUCAUGUUCCUAAACUGGUUUCUGAUUAUAUGGCAAAGAAGUUUAAUCUAGAUCCACUAAUUACCCAUACUCUGAAUUUUGAUAAGAUCAGUGAAGCAGUUGCAUUAAUGAAAACCGGAAAAUGUAUCCGCUGUAUCCUGAUGAUUUAA